AUGAUAGAGCUGUACGUUGAGUUUGAACAGCAGUCGGGGAUGAGUAUGGUCGACGACGAGAUCAAUGUUGAUGAGCUCGGGGAUAUAGAUUGGAAAGAAGAUAAUAAUGACAGUGAAGACGAAUUCGAAGCUAACUAUGAAGUCGAUGAAGAAAAUGAUGACGGAGACUUGGCAGGCAAUCCGGCGGUGCAAGAUGAAGCAAAUGCGAUUGUAAGCCAGCACCCAUUUGGUAUUCCGUCUUUUAUGCGGACUCUAGAUCUCGAAGCCAUGCAUGCUCCAGAAUUUUCUGAGUAUGCGAAUACAGGUGAAGGCAACGUUGUGGCGGAAGAUGGCGAGUUUAGUGUCGGAAUGGAAUUUGGUUCGAGAGAGUCGGUGAUAUCUGCAAUCAAAAGCUCCACUAUCUCUGGAGGAGUUGAUUACACUGUGUAUGAGUCUGAGCCGCAGACAUUCUAUGCGAAAUAUGCCAUUAGGCCGUUGGUUCAAGCAGACCCCUUGAUAAAGGUGAAGUCUGUUAUUGCAGAAGUUCAAGGCAAGUUCAACUAUACUGUGAGUUACCGUAAGGCUUGGUUGACAAAGCAGAAAGCUGUCGCAAAAAUUUUUGGUGAUUGGGAAGUUUCUUACCAGACUCUUCCAGUAUGGUUGAAAGCAAUGACAGUGAAGAUGCCAAGGUCUCGUGUUCAAAUUAAAACGCUCCCCGUUUACCGUGAGAGUGAGGAGGUUCAAGGUGUAAGAGUUCUGCACCGCGUUUUUUGGAGCUUCUAUCCGUGUAUUGUAGCAUUCAGACACUGCAAGCCACUGGUGCAGGUUGAUGGCACGCACCUGUACGAAAAAUAUAAAGGAGCACUUCUUGUAGCGGUUGCACAAGAUGGGAAUCAAAACAUUGUGCCUAUUGCAUUUGCGAUUGUCGAGGGCGAGACAGCAGACGCGUGGGAGUUUUUUCUAACCAAUUUGCGGAGAUAUGUUGUUACCAUUGAUGGUGUGGGUAUUAUUUAUGACCGCCAUACCUCCAUUGACGCUGCAAUAGCUCGCAGUAACGGUGCAUGGUCACCACCAAGGGCGUGGCACAUGUAUUGCAUCAGGCACAUCGGGUCCAACUUCUUAGGGAGGUUCAAGGCUCCAUAUUUGCAUAAACUCGUGGUGAAUACAGGUAUUUCAAAUUGCUGUUAUGGUUCUAUUCAUAGUAAAUUUGUGGCAACUGCUUUUGAUUAA